AUGUCUGACGUGCUGAUAAAAGAAGAGCCAGGCGUCAGCGGGCUGUUGGAUGCAGUGGUGAAAGACGAAAAUUCCCAUGCAGAACCACUUGAUGAGGACGCUUUGCUGUAUGGGGUUGGCGAGGAUUAUGUAGCUCCAGCCGCACAAGAGGCAGCAACGACACAAGAAGAAGAUAAUGACGAAGAAAAUGAAAACCCUUUGGCUCUCGACGACAGCGAGGAUGAUGAGGACGAAAUUCAAGUGACGAUUGGCGAUGUGCAGCCGACGAAUUUCUCGUUUCAAAAGCAAGUUGGACAAGCGGCUGCUCGUUUGGACAUUGAUCAAACGCCGCUUCUUGAAGGACAAACGAUUUAUGACUUGGAUUUGUCUCAGAUGCAAGAUACUCCUUGGAGAAAGCCGGGUGCUGAUAUAAAUGAUUAUUUCAAUUACGGGUUUACUGAAGAAACAUGGAACACUUAUUGUGAGCGACAGAAAAAACUCCGUGCCGAGUACAAUGGGAAUCAAGGAGCUGCCAACAAAGCGUAUUUUGGUGCGAUGACUCUGCAAAAUCCGCUUGCCACAGUUUCACGAAUCCUUCCCUCUGUUGUACCAACAAUCGGCACAAAUGUCGCUUCGAUGGGAAAGAACAGCGUCUUGCCAACGGUUGUUGUGAAAGCGAUCCCCUCAACCCCGGCUCCAAUUACUGUUUCAAUGCCCUCAGCGAUUCCUGACUUCAGCCGGCCGCCACCAAUUAUGGGUCCAAACGAUGCGCCACCGGGAAUGAAUGAUGGAGCUCCGGGCACUGAUCCAAUGAAAUCGAGUGAUUUGGACAAGUCGAUCUUGGCGCCCAGCUUCCAUCAACCGCCACCUGUGCCAGACAUGAGUAUGCCACCACCUUUCAAUCCAGCACUUCCGCCACCGUUAAUGAUGGGCACUCCCGGUUCGACUAUGGCGAUGUUCAACAUGUCGAUGCCUCCGCCUGGAAUAAAUUUGAACACACCAAAUUAUGCUAACUUUGGUCAACAAGGAAAUCAAUACAUGGGCCCUGGUUCGGUGAAACAAGAACUACCGCCUGGAAUCGAUGACUAUGGUGGUGGUCCAUCAAUGGAUGAUGACAGAAGGCGGCCGGCUCUCAAUGCGUAUUCAAUCAAUCGGAGACGAUCUCGUUCGAGGAGUCGAUCACCCGGGAAGAGACGCCGCGAAUCGCGAGAUGAUGAGAGAAAACAUCGGCGUCAUCGCAGUCGCAGCCGCAGUGCAAGUCGAGAGGGGCGACGAAAGAAUGAGAAGCGAGAUCGAAAGGACGAUGAUCGUGAUAGAAGGCGCAGACGCCGCGAUGAUGAUGAGGACGAGGAUCGGGGCAAAGAUCGAGACAGGAAAAGAUCUCGGCGUGAUCGUGAAGACGGUGGUGGCCAAGAUUACGGUGAUGAUGCCCCGCCUGGACUC